AUGUCAGAAAGCUACAGUAGUAAUUCCUCAUAUUUUUCUAUAGAAAAGGAUAUUUCAAAUUUAUAUAAAAAAGAUGAUUAUAUGAAGUAUUGUUGUGUUAGUGAUAACAUAGAACCAAUAGCACUAGAUGAUGAAAUUCAUAUUUUAAAAAAUGUAGAACAAGAAUCAUUUAAGUUAACUGAUAUAUUAAAAUCAUUAGAAACUAAAGAAGAAAAAGAAAAAUCUGAUAUUGUUUUACCACAAUAUGAAAAAUAUGAAAUAAAUGAAAAUGAAAUAGAAGAUGAAGAUAGGGUAAAUUGUGGAAUAUAUUUGCAUGAUAUAAAUAUAAUAGAUAAUUCAAGUAGUAAUAUCUUGUCUAAUAAUAUAUUUGAUAAAAAUACUAAUCCUAUAAGCAUAAAGGGUGAUGCGUAUAUAAAAAAUAUAGUAGAAUUUCAUGAUAUUUCUCCAUACAGUUCUUGUCAUGAAGUAUAUAAAAUCGAAUGGUUUUUAGGAGUAGAUAUAAAUGAUAAUAAGAUUCAUGAAAUAAUACCAAUUCAUCAAGGAAGGAAUUUUCAAAUUCCUUUUGAGGCAUUAGGAAAAUAUAUAUUUUGUAAAGCUUAUAGACGUAUAUAUAAAAAUUUUAAAUUUCAAGAAAAAGAAAAAAGUAGUGUUUUUGAUCCUCAUACAUUAACGACUAAACCUAUUAAAUUUAAAAGGAACCCAGAAUAUAUAGAAAUUUUUUCAAUUGCCUCUAAGGGACCAGUUUUGAUUUCUUUAGAUGUUUCCUUAAGAAUUUUAACAUAUUUAUGUAACAAUAAUUAUUCUGUUAAAGUAAUUAUUGAAGAUCCUUUAGAUAAUUUAUACCAUCUAUCUUCAUCAUCUUCUGAAGAUAAUUCGACAUAUACUACCAACUCAUAUUCUACAAAAGAAAAGAAUUAUAAUAAAUCCUUUAUCACUACUUUGUCUAUCAAUUUUAAUGAAAUAGAAUUCAUUUUUUCUAAUGAUGACAAUAAUGAAGAAAAUAAUCUUAAAGAAAAAGAAUCAGGAUUUAAUUUCUUUAAGCUUAUUGGUUUUGAUGGUGAUAAUUCAUCAUUAUCAGAAAAAAAAAAUACAAAUAGUUCUGAAGAUGAAAUAGUUUAUAAAAAAAAAGAAAAAGUACAAUCAAAAGAAUAUAAUAGUUAUAACAAACAAUUUUAUAAGAAAAAAUUAGUUUUCAAUAUUUAUGAAGUUGAAUUCCUAUUAUCUAAUAAAGAAGAGUGUAUAGUAAUAACUAUAGGUUCAAAUUUACAAAAAUCAUUUCAACAUGUGAAAUAUAAAAUGAUAAAUAUAAAACCUUUUGACAAAAGUUUUUCUAUCCACGAAUUGUGGCAAACAUUGUUAGCUUUUAAAUCUGCUUAUUCAUAUAAAAAUAUUUUUAAAAAACAUUCUAAAACAAUUUAUAGAAACACAAAUAUAUCUUUUAUACAAAAUAUGUUAAAUAAUUAUUUGAUUAAAUCAGUAACAAAAAAUGCAAAUGAAAUAUUACCUCUUGAUAAGAUAAACACAAUAUAUAAUAUAACAUGA